GUGCCGGCUCCUUUUCUGUCUUUGCUCUGCUGCACCUUCGUUUUCCGAAAAAUCGUAACUCGACUGCACGUUCAUUCAGUCGCAUGCCAUAGAUCGAUCGGGCCAAGUGUCUCGUUAACAGUCGAACAAAUUGCACCGUCAAAACCUGCGAUUUCCUAAAAACUAGAAAGCCUUUUAUCCGUCACGAGAAACGAAUCAUGGUGGUCCCGUUAAGGAGGGAUACUCUUCGUGAACAUUUCUUCCACGUUGUGCCUUGAAUUUAGCAGAAAAUUUGUGAUUUACAGUCGAACAGCAUCUUAAAAAAGGAAGAGACAGUAGAGAUUUUCUCGUCGACAGUGGAGCAUUGAAUCGAAGCAUCGAAAUAUCGUAUUUUCAAGGAGAAAUAUCGAGAGACGUUCGGUCGUCGAGAAUGCGAAGAGGAAGAGACGAGGUCGAGUGAAAUUUUUAUUGAGUUUUUGUUAUUGUUGCUUUUAUCGGGACGAAGGGCACAGUUUCUGUGAAUUAACGGACGGGAAAUUAAUAGGCCGAAGAUGUUUAAAAUUGUACGACGAUUUUGCGUUUGAUGGGAUUUUAUGUUUGUCCUUUUGUUAUCUGUGGUGGUGAAGAAAUUUUAGAGAGAAUUUGAAUAGUCAUUUCCUCUUUGACCCAGGGAGAAGAACGCCGUAACGUAAAAUCUUGUCGCCCUCUAUUAUCUACUUGUGCUUCGAGGAAACACGUACGAUAUAACGUAUGCAGAAAGCAGGUGGAAAAUAAAAUAAAAUCGUGCAUCGAAGAAAGAUAUCGAUUUUUUAGCAUUUUUCUGAAGAGACGUUUAUUGAAAAAAAAAUUACAAAAUUCGAAGCAGUCGAGGGGUUAAGACUGAACAAAAGAAUUUCUCAACGUUAGACAAGACAAUGUGCGAAGUAUAAGUCGUAUGUUUUGAGGGACUACGAACGAAAUGAACAGAAUUGUGAUUUUUACACGUUUCUAAAACUGAACUUUGUCGGCUGUAUUGCCGAAGACGACAAACAGACUACAAUCUACAUCACUAAUAGUCAACAAAAAGUGCAUUUUCUUGACGAUACGAGAGUAGUGUUAUUUAUUACGGAUUGACUGUUUGCUGUUUUCUGAUUAACUUGAGAUAUAGAUCGAUUCGACUCGAAAACAAUUAUUACUUGGCGCCGUACAAAGUAAAUAAUCCUACCUUUUUCGAUAAAAUUGAAUAUAUUUAAGAAACGAAACGUUGUUUUUCGAAAAUGUGAGGAUAAAGAUGCACGAAACCGACUGGAAAGUACUGGAAGAAUCUUCAUUGAAGCAUAACGAGGUGCCUUCGAUCUGAUUCAAUACGAUUUAAGCAAGGAGCAUGAUUAUGACGCAUACGGAAGAAGUAUCGACGACUUUCGAGUCGAAAACACCGACAGAACAAAUGAAUGGCCACUCUAUGGCGAGCACCGAGAGUCGAGAGGCGGAAGAGCAGGGUAGCAGCACGACCUCGCCCUCGGAGGGCAGGCACGCCGACGAGACGUCCGGCUCGCCCGUCCUCGAGAUGGGCAGCAUGGAUUCGGCGGGCAGCGCCCACAGUGGCGGCCCUUCCUGCGGCCUGGUCAGUUCCCUUUUCCCGAGCAAUUGUCGUGGUCGAGCCGAGGCAUUCGCCAGACGUCUUCAUCGACGAUUAACGUCUCUCGGUGGCGAAGACAAUUCUCAACGAAACGAUGAUUCCUCGUUGCCGAAGGAAACCUCCUGGCUACGUUCGCCGUCAACAGGGAGAAGAAUAAUAACUAGCAGCUCCAACAAACACGUUCUUCAGCAUCAACCUCGUCACAAUCCUAACACGGAUUUGUGCUACGAUUACGAUCUCGAGUAUGAAGAUGGCCUUAGUUCGCCGGCAGAAGAAGCCACAGCAGCGGAAGUCGCGGAUUUAGUAGUGAAUCCGGAAGUAUUAAAAUCGAAUCAUCAUGCAAUUCACAACAGUUCACCGAUUGAAUCGAAAACCAGUAUAGAUUCAGAAUCUGGACACGUUUUCGCGUCUCCUUUGUUAGGAACGUCUCCAGAUAGCGAUUCCUCCGACAUCUUCUUCGAUCCAGAAUCAUCCGAUGUUGAAAAGCCGAAGAACGAAAUGUUCUUCGAUCCCGUGACGACCUCGGAUAGUGAACUGACUACGUCGAAUCUCUCGAACGGUUGCGACAUAAUAAGGCCCAAAAGCUUGCCCUGUCGUAGAAGGCCAGAGAUAAGCGUUGAACAUUCCGAGGACACGUCUGAAUCGAGCGCUUCGUUCAAAAGGAAAAAUUUUUGCGAUAAAGAUCCGAGGAAGAAGGACUUGGUAUGCAGCUCGGAGGACUCGAACGAUAGAAGCUCCCAAGAGACAUCCACGUCGCCCAGUCAUGAAUCUCUUUGGAGCACGUUCGACGAGAGCACUAUGUCCUUUCAGGACGAAUGUCCCGCAAAAACAAAUCCUAUUUUAAUCCCACACCAGAACCGGCUUCCCAAGUCGCAUUCUGAUUCAGAGAUACCCGUCCACGGACCUAGUAGAAUGAUCACUUCCGCGAUUAAGGAUGAAGGAAUUGAUACCGACGAAGUCGAUUUUAUUAACUUUCUGUCGGAGAAUAGCAAAUUGGAGGAUAUUAAGAACGCGAGGAAUCUCGUCAAAGAAGAUACUUCGGAUUCGUCGGAAAAUACGUACGAGGAGGAUCUUCCAUAUGACGAAGAGAAGCCCAAGGAUACACUGGAGCAACAGUCAAAGAUUUUAUCUUUGAAACUCGAAGAGAUUCCUAACAAUGAGAUUGACGACCAUUCGACGUACAGCAGUAUGAUCAACAUCCCUGGUGCUCUCACCCUCGAGUGUCCUAUAGUAGAGGGAGUGAUAGAAACCACGAUAAAGAACGAGAUAAAAAUACAGAUAGAAAAUGGAGCUAUAAUAGCUAACAGCGACGAGGAUAAGAUGUGCCUUUUGUUGAAGAAGCUCGCCACAAGUCCAAGUAUCAAAGAGGACGUUCAUAUAACUGAGGAGCCACAGGACGAUAGCGUCGAAGAAGAGGAAGAAGAAAGACCUCAGAAGAUCAGACGGUGUUCUUCUUUGAAGACAGGAAAAACACCACCAGGGACACCUGGAAGGAAGAAGAUCGUUCGAUUCGCAGACGUUUUAGGCCUAGAUCUCGCCGACGUGCGAACGUUCUUAGACGAAAUCCCCAAAGUGCCGAACUCAGCGUACAGCGACUUGAUCUACGAUGACAUUUUCCAGAAAGACACCAGUCCUAUAAGCAGCUCACCAAGCCCAGCUCAAUGGGGAGCCAGAUACAUAGGUAAUCGACGCGAAUCAGGCUGCAGGAUAUCUUCGCAUAAACUGGACAGAACUUUGGUGCCUCUGUUUCAACAACCUGGCGGUCUACCUAAUUUCCUGGAUCUAGUCCGUGAACGUCGAGUGUGCUUAGAGAACGUGCUGGUCCAGGAUCCCGUGUCUCUCUGUAUCCAGGGUACGGUCCGCGUGAUCAAUCUGGACUUUCACAAGUCGGUGCACAUCAGAUACACGUUGAACUCGUGGCGAAACUUCAGCGACUUGCAAGCCAUCUACGUACCUAACUCGUGCGACGGUUUCAGCGACAAAUUUUCUUUCGUUCUGUACUGUCACACGCUGUCAAUUGGUCAGAGGCUGGAGUUUGCGGUUCGAUUUCAAUGCAAGGGCGAGCAGUACUGGGACAACAACGCCGGGCUCAAUUACUGCUUCCAGUGUUUGCCUGUUUCUCCAGCCGUUGGUUACAUGCCCAUCACGGCUCAGGAGGGUCAGCAUCACGAGUGGUCGCCUGUGUUCUACUGAUGGACAUCGUAGAUCGAGCAUUGGAUGCCGCGAUGGAGACACAGCGAUGCUUCGCGUAGACAAGGAGUCUGAAGUGGAUCCGAGUAAGGCUAACUAGCGACAGAUAGAGAGACAGAGGGAGAGGGAAAGAGAGAAAGCCUACGGUUGUAUAAACGUUCCUAGAGUAUAUACCUUACUGUACAUAACUGUUCUAUUCUCGAGUCGAUCGAAGGAACGAGAAGGCAAGCCGGGGAGCAGGGACCGCACUAGCGUCAAUUAUUCUUUCCUGCCGUUUUCCGGACAGCCUUUCAAUGGACUGGAGAAACUCGACGCACCUGUUAGACUGACAUUUUUUACACGUUCGUUGUUCCUUGUUUACGAGCGAGAAUAUGUAUUCGGUAUAGACGUGAUACCACUUCUAUAAACGAACUGGGAUUGUAGUUGAGAGAAGAAAUAUUAAGUACGUAAGUGAAUACCUCUUUGAAGAUGACAGAGAAGAGGAUUUAGUCUUUGCCAGAAGUUGGAAGUUGAAGAGGACAUUUGAAAGGCGAACGAAUAAUGAAGCGUUCAAAGUAUCUGGCAGAGCAUGGAGGAUUAUUUUCACGUUCCUAGAAAGUACCUAAGUCUACAGAAUUUGCGCCAUAAUCGAGCCUAAUGUGUUUGAAAGACUCUCAAACUGAUUAUAAUGCGAAAUGGCAGAGGUUGAAGGUUAUGAGAGAAACUGUUACUCGAAAUGAAAUGUUUGUUGAAGGAUGGUAUUGCUUCGAAGACGAAAUCAAGGCUCUUUUUUCUCGUUUCUUUUUUUUUUUUUUUUUUUAGAUGUUAAAGAUAUUUUACGUAGUUGCAUGAAUAUUCUCAGAUGAAUUAAGGUUGAAAGGACCUGUUGAUGAACUUUUAUCCACAAACAUAUCUGCUCAGCAACUUCUGAGCGACGACCAAUUCGGUCUUGCUUACGAAUGUUUUAUUUAGCACGUUCGCUGCUAUUAACACAUAUUGGGCGUUGAUUCAAUUACUAUACAUAAAUCCCUAAUAAGGUUGCAACGAGGAGAUAACUGUUGUAUUUUUGAGUUCAUGCGUCUCGAUAGAAGGUUUUUAACAGGAGAUACAAAACAGUGAGGAAUGUAAUAAAGUAAACUUGAAACGAAGAUUUCCCUGAUGAGAAGAUAGACGGAAGGCGUUUAUUUUAAUAGCAGCGAAUGCGUUAAUGUAUUAUCUAUAUAGAGUGUACUCUUAGCCCCAUAGAUGAAACGAAAUUACGACGAACCAACUUUAUAAACUUCGAAACGAAGCUUUUCUAUUCGUUUAAUCAAAACGUUCGACCAGUGCCAAUUUUGACCUAGUGCCAUUGGAUCAAUUAUAAUAUCGGAAAAUAACACGAAUCGAAUAUACGUUAUACCAUAUUCAUAAAUAUUUUUUAAACGAAAUGUGAUAGUUUAAUAGCAACGAAUAUCAUAGUGGGUUGCUUUGUUCUCCUAAAUCUAGAUUUUAUUCGCCAGAUGAUCGUCGAAAAUCAGGGAAAUCGGGACUUGAUCGAUUAAUCAUUAAAUACCUGUAUAAAUCUCCAAGACGAGGAUAGUAACUGAUCAUUCAUGAUUUUAUUUUUAUUAUGCAUGUAUAUUUGUACAAUUGCUGGAGUGCUAGACAUGCAACGAAAUUACGAAAGAGGAGAUCUCAACAGCUUUGGCAGUAGAUUUAUCGUUUAGUUCAUCGUUAACUUAUUUCAAUCGUGAAGUGCUUUCAUUCUGUGAUUCGAGGACUUGAAUCGAUCAUCGUGUGGUAUGCAAAUGUAUAUGCAGUGACGAACGAAAGAAUGCGUAAUCUUACUGUUUAAUUAAUAUUUGCAAUCGUUUUCAAAUAGUUUUAAUAAAAAAGAAAAAAAUAAUUCUUUUCAAUUCGAUUUUCAUACUGUGUCGUACUUCGCAGGGUGAAAAUGAAACAUUAAACGAUACAAAAAAUGUUAGUAAUCAUUCAAAAUGGAACUAUAUUUACGAGUACAUCUAAAUAGAUUUGAAUAGAUCAAAUAUAUUUUUUCAGAACUAACUCAACUAAUAUUAACGAUGAAAUCUUAUAUAACAAUUUGUACUGAAACAAAUGAAAUUUAUUAACUACAAAUCAUUCGACUAUCCAAUUUGAAAUUUAAAAAUCAUAUAAUCUAUAACUUGUAACUUUUCAAUUAGACAAGUAUAGAUUAUUAUUAUUAAUAUGAUCAAAAAUAUUUAAUAAUAAUUAUUUCGUUCAUCACUGUAAAUUAUGCAUAUUAUACUUUGCAUAAUACACAUAAAAACGAUAUCGCUUAUAUUUAAUUACAACGAAAAUAUUCAGAUCAAACGAUCAAUUUCUUAAUGAAUUUCUUCGACAAGUUCUUUCGUUCAUUUCUACACUCCUGGCAUUAUGCGUGAACGAUAAACGAACCAUUUACGUUAGUCCUCACGUGGGAUAACGAUAAUAGUCGUCAGUGCAAUCCAAGUUACCGGUUAAAGGAAGCAGAGACAUUUUCAGCGUUUUGGCAACGAUUAGAAUUUCGUGAGUCACAAUAGCAGUGACAGCUGCCAAAAAUAAGCAACAUUGUCCUGUGUCGCGUGCACGAGAUCGCAUUGGGUAAUGAGAUCGACUUUGUUUAUCGAAUUCCAAACGAUAAAUGACAUUUACCGACGAUUCGUGACUAAACUUGGUACAGUAUUGCCUGAACGACACAGACCACAUUAACAAUGAACCAAUUGUAAUUAACGACGUAAAUACCCUCGUGAAUUAUUACGACCGAGAGAAAAGAAUAAUCAUAGGUCGUACGAUAGCGAUCGGGAUCACAACACGAUAUAGUAUUUCACGAUACCACGAUAUUUUUGCUAAUGUUAAACAUUUCUUUUGUAAUUCUGACCACCGUUGCCAUUAACAUAUUUUGCACGUGUUACAUAAAGAUACGUCUUUCGCGUUUUGCAAUUAAAAGACUUCUUCUUCGCUGUACAGUAUCAUUGUUCGAAACGGUAAUAUUAGAUCGAAGUACGAGAAUUUUAUAUAAAAAGAAAAGACACGGUACUUAUAUACAUAUAUGUAUAAAGUGGUAAUUAAAUGAUAAUCAGACUGUGGAUUUUCACGUAUUUCCUAUAAAUCUAUUACAUGCAAUUUAAAGUGAGAAAAUCCGCAGGAUGCACUCGAUGCGCAAAAGUAUAUAAAACAUUUAAAGUACAACACUUGUUAUAAUAUUCAGUAGUUAUUGAAACAAAUCUCUCCUUAGAUUCCAUUUUUUUUAAUAUAUAUAUAUAUAUUCAUAAACAUGCAAAGCACAAACAUCUACAAUCUAGUGAUAGCACAGAAAAUACGUAUUUUCACGUAACGCACGCAAAAUGUGUCAACUAUUGCAAAUGUCAAUGGUCUUCGAGGUAGCAUCAGCAAUAUAACGUUAACAGAGAAACGAACAAAUGAUGUUAAGAUUACGCUAUAUAUUGUUAAGAUAUUUUUUGUAACAAUUUUCACCGUGAACAAGUGCUUUCUAUAUGCUAUAUAUAUAGAGAACAUAAACACAAUACAAAUUGUACAUAAGCGGCGUCAGUAUUGGUGGCAAGUGUGUCUCGAGAAUGAGGGUGUCGUUUUUUUUUUUUUUGUAUAAAUCGGUCGAUUUUUAAUCGUAUACUACCAUAUACAGACUGUUUGGGCAAUGUUUGUUAUACACAUUUUAUUGUACAUAUUCAUCGAUACAUUUUACACAAUGAUAUAUUUGCAUCACAGUUAUAAUCGAGUCUCUAGUUUUCGGUAUUCUAUUUCUCUCUGCUCUUUUCUCUUUAUAUAUAUAUAUAUAUAUACAUACAUAUAUAUUAUGGUGAAUAUCGAUCUUUUCUAAUUUUAUAUUGAACGCAUGACAGAUAUCGUUACUUUGCUAUUUUACUCGCUUUGUUUUAUCAUAUUGUUAACUUGGGGACAGAAUGCUGCUUAUUAAUCGAUCCAUUCUGUAAACACUCCGUCUUAUCGUUAUCCUUCUACGUAUUGGUAAGAGGAAAAUAACAGAAAAAUGUUUAUUACGUUUUGCAAGAGCGAAGAAACGCUUCUUCUUACUAGAGAAGUGAAAUUACGUUUCUUUCUUAACGCGUUCGUUUCUUUUAUCCGUAUAGUCUAUAUUUUAACGAGAUGGUAUUUUUGUUUUAUCUUUUUUAAAUCGUUUUAAACAUAAGCGCAACGUAACCACCAUUAUUGAGGCCCUCGAUAUUUACGCGCGUAUCUCUGCCCGUAAACACACGAACAACAUAAAUCGAACGAAGCCUUUUCCUAUACUUUGUCCUCUGUACAUAUGCCUCUUAAGAAACAAAGUUCGAAUUCUAUUCUGGUUAACGGCAGAAACGAUAUUCUUCCACGUGUUAAGAAUGACGGUUAUUGAGAUUUAUGGAAACAGUUAUAUAAGUACCAGUCACGAGUUAGGAUAUUUUAAUCAUGUUAUGAAAACUUCAAGCUGAUGUACUAGGUAUUUUAGAAACCACUCUAUUGUAUCGCAAGGGAGGAAAAUUUUCAAUUUCUUUCGUUGCUACAACAUUUUUAUAUUUUUUAAUAGUAUAAAAAAUUGUCUAUUUCUUCCUAUAUAUCAACGUUAUUAGACAAUUCUGUAUGAACAUCGAAAUAGAUUCGUAACGUUUCUCAGUACUUUUUUCAUAAAUAUUUUAUGAAGAAAUUCGAUAUUUUCAUUUACAAAAGAAACGCACAGAUUAUAUAGGGUGACAAUAAAGGUACAGUAGAGGGAUUGAAAUAGGAAAUGCACAGUGGUAGGACUUGAACGAAGAUAAAUGGCGAAGAGGAACGAAAUAAGAAGAAAGGGACCCGUCUACUGCCAGACACGUCUUGUGUUCAACCCGUUAGGAGUUAUGACCUUUUAAUUUUCAUUUCACAAAUGCAUCAUGCAAAAGUGAUCUCUAUCCAAAUUAUCUCGAAAGUUCAUCAUUAUCUCGAAUGUAAAUUUCACUAAACAUUUACACGAAUUAUUAUUAGUCACACUACGAUGGUAUUAAAAAAAAAAAAAAAAAAAAAAAAAAAAUAGUUGGACUUGAAAAAAGCCAUCAGUCAUCGGGAAUUUUUCAGAAACAGUUGCAUUAUUGCUCGCAUUAUCAAAAAUUUCAAGCUAAUCUCUGAAGAAUACGAAGGACCAUUUUAAUCUUUUGUUUUCGAUCUAUCGCAGAAUUUCUGAAAUAUCUUAUACAUCAGGUUGGAGAAAUAAAGGAUUCCGGAAACGAAAGCAAUUUAUACUAUUAAGAAUUGUUGAAUCUUAUGGAACAUACGCGUUUUAAAUUUUACAAGGUGCAGGGUGUCGCCCAGGAACUUCAAUUUCUAUUAACACGCAAAUCCUAAGUUCCACAAGGGAAUUCUCAUCAUUGAUGAGAGAUUUCAACAAAAUUUACGGAAAAUCAAUUUCGCAGUCUCGAACAACAUCGCGAGAAAUGUCGAAAAACGACCGUGUGACACCCUGAGUAAACCGGAGACGAGCUAUUUUUGUUAAAUCUUUGUUCGCGUUUGCUAAGCUAUUGCCUCACUCGUAAGAUUCUUCCAACAGCGACGAUACAAAGUUUUACACUCGUUUCGCGCUACGAAAUCGAUUUCCAAUGGCAGCUACGAUUUUUACGAGAACCUUACGAUACCGAGGGGCUGAAACAAGCGCAGGAAACAACUGUAACGCAAGUCUCGAACGUAGAAAUAUACUUCGAUACGGUGUCAUUUUCCGUUGGCUGAUUCGUCAUCGUCGAAUAUUCUAGUUAUAUAAUAAGAUUUUAAAAGUAUCAUUUUCUGCCUAUUACAGAAAUUUUAAUCUCCAAAUUAUCGUUUUAAUCGUUAUUUUAGAUUCGUAUGAUUUUAAAUAAUCUGUAUAUGUGUUCUUAAAUAUAAAAGAUACAAUUCCAAAGAAGCCGAAAAUUAUGGCAAGCCUGAAGAAUUUGUAUGAAUCUUAAAUUUUUUAAUUAGAUAAGAAUUAUCAGGCUCGAUCAGAGAUUCGAGCAAAUCUCUGCGAAUAAAUUAUCGGCGAUCAAGGAAAUCUGAACGAUUUUCACGAAUUUGUAAGAUCGUCCUAUUAGAUAAGAAUCAGUAGGACCAAGCAGAGAUUUGAGCAAAUUUCUGUGUUAAAAUUAUUGGCAAUCGAGAGAAUCCCAUCAGUUUUCAUGAAUUUUUUUAAUUCUUUAACAAAAUAAGAAUUGUCAGGAUCAAACAAAGAUUCGAGAAAAAAUAUGUAUAUAUUAUAUUGAAAGUCGAUUAUAGUUAUGUGUUUAGUUAGUCGAGAGUUUGAUGGAAUGAAAAUUCGUAGAGAAAAAUCUUGGUUACCUGGUUGAGUUGAACCUCCGAUCUUCUUAAAAUCAGAGUAGCCAUUUGCAAGAAAGAAACGAAACAAGAAUGGAUUAAUCGUAAAAGUGUUUCGAGGUUCCAUUUGCAAUUAGUACGAGAUUCCUCGAUGAAUCGUUUAGAGAUUUGUCUUUUGCUUUCUUCUUUUUUUUUUUUUCGUCGUUGAAAUGGGGACGUUUCUACGUUCGAGACGAAACGAACGGGAGAAAAAAAAACCAUAACUAUAACGGUAGUAUAUUUUUAUAUUCUAAUGUACACGUAAGCAUACGUUGCACCUCUAGUCCAUAGAGCCGUGAGUUUUCGUCCAAUUACCGAGCCUUUUGCAGUUUUUAACGAAAGAAAAAAGCAAGAAGAAGAAAGAAGGAAUUAAUUAACGAAGUUUAAAUGGACAACUAUUUUAUGGUGUUAAGGUGCGAGAGAAAAAGGAGGAAAGACUACGUGUAUAUGUGCGGCGUGUAUGCGUAUGUGUGUGCGUGUCAGCGCAUUUCAGAUCGUAUGAUUGAGAAAAAAUGAGAGAGAACGAACGGAAGAGCAUGGAAAUACCGAAUAAUCUCUCUGUCCAUUUGUAAUAGUUAUUUUUACUUUAUAAUUUUAAUUCGCUACUUUUAAUCGUUUAAUGUCUGUUUCUUUCCUCUCUUAUUUUUACCCAAUUUGGCACGGGAAGAGGAUAAAACUCGUUUGUCCUUCCGAUCGUCGAAUUUCGAUUGCGAAAUCAGUGGAUAAGAAUUAGCGACGAACAGACUCGCAGACAUAAAUUCGCAAAACGAAGAUGAUUCUUCCGAUCCUUGAAAAAGUAGUCUAAUUAUAAAUAUAUGCUGCCGUUUAUUUAUUUUCUGUGUCGUGGAUCCUUCUUGUUUCACGUUAAAUCCACUUUUCGUCGAUCUGUUAAAUAAGUUUGUAGAUACUGUUCGUUGCAAUUCACGUCGAUCUUUCACAUCUGAAAGAUUCUUCGAAUCGAACCUGCUAUUUCAUUUGUAUUGGAUCGUCGUUCUUUGCUCUUUACUCCCGUUUCUAUUCUAAAUAUCACUUCAAAGGAGAAAUCUAUACACUCGCAAAGGGGAAUUAUCGCCAAAAUUGCUAUCGAAAAAUCGAGUUGGUGGUAAGAUUUGUCGCGCUUUUUGUUCUCGGCAAUUAUUAUUUUAACGAAUAUCUACCAUUAUUUAUGAAGAAAGCACGAUCUAUGGAUCACGGAUAGGUGCUCGAAUCAGAGCCAAGACUGAACGAGACAAUUUCGAUAAAGACUUUUACUGUAAUUUAUUCCUUCGCACAAGUAACACGAUCGUAAAUAAUAAUACGAAUUUGUUAGGUUCAUAAAUGAUGGAAGAGUCUGAGAGAAACCAAAGGGAAGACCGCAAAGAACGAUGAUACUCGCGAUCAAUUUCGUCAUCGAUUUCAUGAACGCUGUCUUUGUAUAAUUAUUCGAUUGUUGUUUAAGAUAUAGCGCGAUUCGUGGGAAAUCAAAAUUUUUUCCAGAAGGAUUUAGCAUACGAGUUUUGAGGCUUUCACGGCUCGGAUCGCCGCACCUGACACUGUUGUACACAAUAAUUAUAUUACAAAUUCAUUAUACAAUUAUGCUCGAGACGUUCGAUUAGAAACUGCGUUCGGAAGAAAUUUCUUCCCGAUGUUUCACCAGCAUCGCAGCUAGCUUCUUCGCUGUUUAAAAUCCGAUGUCCGUCAUGGUGCGUUUUUAGACACCGAAGAAGUUAGCUGCAACACUGGCUGGCGAAACAUUGGAAAGAAAUUUCCUUUGGACGCAGCUUUUACUCGGAAAUUUUAUUCGAACAGCGUUGUGUAGAACACCGCUCGGUGUGUCAGCUGAAUUAGAGUUUUCGAGAAAAGUAAUUAAUUGUCAUUGUCAAUGGACAAUCGUUGAGUUUCCUACGAAGAUUGGAAAAGUUGGCCGAUCUCACAUCGAACUUUUUUCCCCAUUGAAUCGGCGUUGCUGAUCGUAGUACAUUCAUUCAAGGGAUUUGAUAUAUUUCUAUGUGUAUAUGAAAAGUUUACUAUAACGAUUAAUCAAUCUUGAAAAGUUAUUAUGACUGAAAUCCUCUAUCGAAAAUUUCUGAGGAACGGAGGAUAGAAAAUAUUUUAGAUAUCAAUUUUCUCGAAAACAAGAAAGAGAAGAUUAAUUACAUGUCGAAAUAGUUCUAUAACGCAUUCUCCUUCUCCUUUACUUGUCUUUGAUAGAGGAAAAACUCGUUGUUUAAUAUUUAGGAUUACGCUCCACUGAGAAUUUUCAAAGAAUGAAAGAAAAUGUUCUGUUGGAAAGAUUAAUUAUUUAUCCAAAUAAUUAAUUCUACAAAGAAAUCGUUUAUUAUAUGUUAUUUUAAGAAGGAAUUACUUGUUAUUUAAUAUCUAGAAUUACGCUAUAUCUUGCAUGAUGUACCCUAAUACGGAACGAUAAUACUCACUGAAAAUGCGUGGAAAUGUUCGAAUAUUCCGCGAAUCUUACAACUACGAUAUUCUCUGCUUUACAAUGUAAUAUUUCGUCUCUGAACAAGAACGCGUAGCUUUAAAUUUCGAAGAUGAGUUUAAUCGGUGCCGCAAAGACGAAGCGUCAUUGAUACGAAAUAAUCAUUCGAUAUUUUCGGUCGGUCGAAGGCCACGGUGCAGUAAUUGCGCUCAUCGAAACACGUUUUUCUUUUUUUUUUAUAUAUAUUUCUACAGGGCCUCCAUGUAUCUGUAUUAGUAAAAAGUGUAGCGUUUCUUACUGUACUUCCUUUAUCUACAUUAUAUACUUUGCUGUUAAUCACAUUUUGAUUAUUUGCGAAAGGUCAGUGAAGUUGUAUAUCAAAUAUACGAUUUAGAAAAGCAACAAAAAAAAGGUCAUUGAUUUAUUUACUGCGUGUUACAUUUAUGUUUAUAUUAAUAUUAAUGUGUACUUUUUUUACAAAAACAAAGAAAGAAAAAAAGAACGAAAUACAUUUAGAAUUUUAUCGAUUCGUGUACCGUGGACUUCAACGACGAAACACGGCGAUGCUAACCUUUUCAUUUCGUUCGAUAUUUCACGUUAUUUACACGGAAAUACCCAAUGCAAACACGUUUAUUCUUCUACAGUUCCUUCGUGACACGGAACGCGUUACUUUAUUCAACGAUCCUUUUUGUCUUAUGAAUAUCAUUUAAGAAAAUCAUCGCGUCACUUCGACAAGACUUUAGUUCGUUAAUUGGACUCUUCAUUGAUCAACAACUACGAUUAACUCUGGCUAUUUUUAAUACUAACAACGAUAAAUCUCUGUUAAGCCUCAGCUGAUUAUCUCAUCAGGCUUAAGUUUAAAAAAUAUUUUUCUACAAACUUGAAUUAUUGUUAAUAUUAUCAAUAUCUCUAUUGAGAAAUACCUACUUUUUCUUUGAUAUUGCAUUAAAAGCUAAUUUUAUAGAAAGAGUUGAAAUAUUAUAAUAUUCUAUAAUCUAGAGAUUCCGAGGAAAGAACAGUUAAAUAUUGUAUUUUUUAUAGGAAAGUAGUUUUCAAGUUCGGUGUGCUUCGUCGAUUAACGCCACGUUACUUGGAUCCGAACGUGCGUUUCUUCGUCCUUUUAAAAAUUUUCAUAAUAUCGAAAUAUUAAAUUACACGAUAUCAUUGUCAUUACGUUAAGAUAUUGCUUGUCUAUUUUCAACUACAUGUUACAUAAAAAUUCUGAAAGAAAACGAACGAAAUUUUGUUAUGCUGCAAUUCACAUAUUUAAUCAUACACAAGCGACAUUAAAACCGGGAGAUCUUCAAAAUUAUGUGAUCUUAUGUGAUUCUUCUCAAUCAUGAAGUAACGUUGAGAUCAGAAAAUUAACAAAAGUUAUAUAAUCCACUUAUCUCGUUUUUCUUCUCCGAUCUUCGUAUACGUAUACCGUAAGAAUCGAUCGUCUGACUUCUUUAUUUCUUUCUUUCUUUUUUUCAAAUCAUUCUUUUUUUUUUUUAACGGAGUUAAGUAAAAGUUGGUCUCUGAAGAAGUUUCACCGCACGGAAGACGGAGCAACGUUGCUUCGGACUGAUAGCAACGAUCAGUCGAUUUGCGUACUUUUACACAGAAGAAAAUGGAAAUAAAAUAAAAAGGUAAAGAACAAAAAAGAAAAAAAAAUGUAUCAUGUAUACGUACAGCAGGAAACAGAUUGUAGCUGAUACAAACGGUCAGUCCGAUUUUUAAAAUCCCUUUUCCUUUUUCUCCUUCCGCCAUUGUACGUCGACGAAACUGUAAUUUUUAAUCUCAUUUGUUUGUUUAGAUAUUGUCUCUCGGUAGUUUGGUUUAAGGUUUCGCGUUUAUUGUUAUACAGUGCCGAGUAUGGCGUGGGUGAUAGCGUUUAAGGGUUCUAAUGGAAGGAAUAAUUGCGGCGAAACGAGGAACGAAUGUUGAUGGAGGAAUGAAGCAAGUAUCUAUACGUAUAAAUAGACGUAUAUUAUAUAUCUGUAACACAUGUUCUAUAUGUUAUUAAGACAAUAAAUGGAAGACCGAU